AUGAAGAAAAAGCAGCAGCAGCACCAUCACAGCAGCACCGACCCCUGGACCCAUGUGGCCCCCCUGGGGGGAGCCCCUGCGGGGCCGGGCAGCUGGAAACGCCCCGGCUCCCUGCUGCCUUUCCUGCGCUUCUCCCUCCGGGAUUACGGCUUCUGCAUGGCCACCCUUUUGGUCUUCUGCCUGGGCUCCCUCUUCUAUCAGCUCAACGGGGGACCCCCUCGCUUCCUGCUCGACCUGCGGCAGUACUUGGGUAAUUCCACUUAUUUGGAUGACCAUGGGCCAUUCCCUAGCAAGGUUCUUCCUUUCCCAAGCCAAGUGGUAUAUAAUAGAGUUGGAAAGUGUGGGAGUCGUACUGUAGUCUUACUUUUAAGGAUCUUGUCAGAGAAACAUGGAUUCAACUUGGUUACAUCAGACAUUCAUAACAAAACGAGACUGACCAAAAAUGAACAAAUGGAAUUGAUUAAAAAUAUAAGUACUGCAGAACAGCCCUAUUUAUUCACUCGGCAUGUUCAUUUUCUCAACUUCUCUAGAUUUGGAGGAGACCAACCUGUAUACAUCAACAUUAUCAGAGAUCCUGUCAACAGAUUUUUAUCAAACUACUUUUUCCGUCGAUUUGGUGACUGGAGAGGGGAACAGAACCAUAUGAUUCGCACACCAAGCAUGAGGCAGGAAGAGCGAUAUCUAGAUAUUAAUGAGUGCAUUCUUGAAAACUAUCCUGAAUGUUCCAACCCAAGAUUAUUUUAUAUCAUACCAUAUUUCUGUGGACAACAUCCAAGAUGCAGGGAGCCUGGUGAAUGGGCCCUUGAAAGAGCAAAGCUGAAUGUGAAUGAACAUUUCCUGCUUGUGGGAAUCCUCGAAGAGCUGGAAGAUGUACUGCUUUUACUGGAAAGAUUUUUACCUCAUUACUUUAAGGAUGUGCUCAGUAUCUACAAAAACCCAGAACAUAGGAAACUUGGAAACAUGACUGUGACAGUAAAAAAGACCGUCCCUUCUCCUGAAGCCAUUCAAAUUCUCUACCAACGUAUGAGAUAUGAGUAUGAAUUCUACUACUUUGUCAAAGAGCAAUUCCACUUGCUCAAGCGCAAAUUUGGACUCAAGUCUCAUGUCAGCAAGCCCCCUCUGAGGCCACAGUUCUUUAUUCCUACUCCACUGGAAACUGAGGAACCAAUAGAUGAUGAGGAGCAAGAUGAUGAAAAAUGGUUGGAGGACAUCUACAAGAGGUGAUGCAAGCACCAUGCUGACCUCUGAUGGACUCAUACUUCUUUCUUGAGAGCGUUUUUGUUUGUUUCAAAAAGAAUCCUUAAGGGACUAAAUUAAUGCACAGUUGCAUUAAAAAGAACAAAACAUUCCCACAUGAUGGGGUGAAUGGGA